UUCCGGUUCUGAACCCUCUAAUUAUGGAUACUUAAAGUCGCCAUUUCCUUCUCGAUCUUUAUUUAUUUAUUCUUUAGACAUUUAUUGCUGAGGCUGAUUGCUCGCUUUUGUACAUUUUAUUAUUGUUAAACGCUUAUUACUGUGUGGAGUCGUGGGAAAGUAAAAAAAGAAUUUAAAGUGCACCCGGAAGUUAUUAAGGUGCUCGUUCUUUUUGACUGGAAGGAUUGAUUAUAUGCGCUACAAUGUGGACAGACAAGCAAAGAGGAAUCCGACUUUCUCAGGAAGAGCUUCUGUGCAAAAACUCCUGUGGCUACUAUGGUAACCCUGCAUGGCAAGGCUUUUGCUCCAAGUGCUGGAGGGAGCGAAUGCGGUCCUCUGAAGCCCACAGACAAGACGCCAGGCCGAGCAGUGAUGCAACUCCGCCGACCUUCUCAAAAUUUGAGGAGAAGAAAAAUAUGGAGAAGAGCCGUCGUAUCAACACCAUGAGGAGACUCUUCUGGGGUGGUCCGUCCCCUCCUAAGCAAGAGCCUUCCGAUAGCCACAUGAGUGUGCUAAAAGCCUUCCAGAACCUCCAACCAGGAGACUUUACCGGCUUCCUAAAGGUACUCCGAAGCCCGUCCUCCCAGCGGCUGCAGUCCAGAUGCACAACCUUCCUGAAUACGAUGGAAGCUUACCAUGAUCUGCCGGUACAGAAGCAGUCGGACCUUGUGCAAGAUUUCUACCAGUCCUAUGCAGAAUAUUUCAGCAGUUUUUCAGAAGCUGAGCUCACGCAGACCAUGGAGCACGUGGAGAAGCUCAUCAUGACCCGCUUGCACAAAUGGGUCUUCUGCCAUGACAGCUGUGAUGACGAACAGAAGGACCUGGCUCUUCAAAGGAGGAUACGUUCUUUAACCUGGGUCACCCCACAGAUGCUCAGUGUGCCUUUUCCUGAUGUACAGAGUUCAAUCACAGGCGACCCCUUUCUUCCUGCAAUAACAGCCAUUAUAGAGAUGGAUGCCAAGCGGGCUCCACAGGACAAACUGGUGUGUGUGUCGAAGUGCAGCCAGCACGUCUUUGAGGCACUCUCCAACUCCAACAGCGAGCCGGCCAACGCCGACGACUUCCUGUCUGCCCUGGUGUACGUGGUACUCAAGGCCAACCCGCCUCGCCUGCACUCCAACAUGCAGUACGUCAUCCGCUUUGGCCUCCCUCACAGUCUCAUGGCCGGAGAGAGCGGAUACUAUUUCACCAACCUGUCUUGUGCGGUGGCCUUCAUAGAAAAACUGGACGGACCAGCCCUUAAUCUGAGCCCGGCCGAGUUUGAAGGUUACAUGAGGCACCGACGGGGCCCGGGCGCCGCAGGAAGCGCGAGGCAGCAGGUGGCGGAAGCGACUCAGCACCUGUUGGACGAGCUGACAUGCCGGCAGGAGAAGCUGGACCGCGGCGUGGAUGCGCUCAACAUACAGCUGCAGAAGUGGGUGCAGACGGUUCAUUCCCAGUUGGACGAGGCUGCCUCCCAGUUCUCCACGGUGCAGAAGGACCCGACGGAGUCGUCGUUAUUGUCUCCGGAUUCUGCGCCAACGGGAGAAGAUCUCAAAGAGCAGGUGGUGCUUACUGAUCAAUAUGCGGGGCCGAAUGAUUCGGACUGUUAAUCAGAACCUCCCAUCUGGUACGUGAUUAUUUUUUUUCCUCACCCAAAUCCUCGGCACUGAUGUUUAUAGUGUUAUAGUGAUUGUCAUGAUGAAGGAUAGCACAGAGCACACACACGGUGGUGAGGGCGGAGCUUAUAGUUACACUUUCUAUGCAUGAAUGAUUUGCACUUGGUUCCUAACGUGUGACAAUGAAGGCACCUAUCAACACAUUCCAGUGUAAUUACCAGCAAUACUGUAAUAAGCACUCAGGUUCCCCCCGCCUCCCACAUUAACAAUCUUAACCAGUGUGCCUAUAUAAAAAUGUGAAAUUAAUAUGAAAAAAUGUUCUAGAGUCUAUUUUACAAACUUUUAACUUUACAUGUUGGAACAUGAAGUAACCCACCUUUAAUGGAUUUACAGUCUAUGCUAGUGUGCAGGUACACUUUAUUUACACAUUGUUAGGAAAACCAAAGUAGGGUUGUUUCAUAAUAAAUGAUGAUAUAUUAAACUUGAUAUGUGAUAAAAUGUGUUUUGUAGUUUUUUUUUUCGAGAGAGCAAAAUGUUCCAACAGGCAAGCAGAAAAAUAUUUCGAUUAUUUAUUUAUAUCUGUAUAAGGUCAAAGUAAUUUGGUUUUUAAACAUUCUGUCUCCUUUAAAAUGAACCUGCCACAAAUUCUGGACUGUUCACAUUUGGGGAAGAGUUACUUAUAAAAUCAGCAGGGAAUCAAAUACUUGUUUCCCCCACUGCACAAUAUAUAUAUUGGUCGCCAGCCAAUCACAGGGCACAUACAUACAUACAUACAUACACACAUAUAUAUAUUACUGAGUCAGUUGUUUGUAUUUUUAAAAGGUU